ACAUAAAAUUUCGAAUUUAUAAAAAUGACCACAAUACCAUUUCUUGUUUUGGUUUGCUUACCACAAAUAAUGGCUCGCGUAAACUACGAAAACCUUCAUAUUUUUAUUAACCGAUUCCAUGUCAAUCGCACUACCCUCAUACUCACUACCCUAGAAGCUCUAGGGGAUGUUUGGUUCACUACUAAAGUGAGUAUAGAUGAACGGCGUCUUAUUGAUUAUUUUCAAACUAAUGCAAGUGAAACCCGUGAGCCUCUCUUGUGGUUUCGUACAACUCAUCUUAUGCAAACUUUGAAUUUUUAUGGUAUUUUCACUGAAAACAGUCUUCCUUAUCAAGAAUGUUUUUAUCAUGUGUCUCGUGCUAAUUUCUUCAUAAGCGGCUACCAUAACGUAUCUGCUCUGAUUUCUACUGUCGGCCUUUCAGCAGACGAAGAAAGAGUUUCUAGUUACACCUACAUUGACUUACAAGAACAUUUGCGGUGUGAGCCACGUUUUGAUAUUCCGCGAUGCCAUGAUGCAAAUCAGCCUUUGCAUUAUGAAACCUCUGAUGUUAUAGUUUUAAGGGCAGUAUUUACUCGACGUUGUCCAAUGGAUAGUUUUAUUCAGUACUAUUGGACGCUGCACGACAGUACAGAAAGCCAUCUUUUAGACUUUUUAGGGGGGACUUUAAAACCAGAGCUGAAGGUUGGCCGUUACAGACUUAAAGUAAGGCAUCAGUCUCCUUUAAAUCGAUUAGUAAUGGUGCGCAUAAAUGCUAGAGUUAUCGGACGCCGUACACCGCUCGUAGCAAGGUGCUAUUUGGUCCUUGCUCCCCAACGCUUAUAUGCCGUCAUACGUGGAGGUCCAUAUCGCAAAGUGUUUAGGGGCAAAACCAUUUCUGUGAAUGGGAGCCCCAGCCGUGACCUUUCUUUACCAAAAAAUGCAAUACAGAAUCUUUUAUUUGAAUGGUCUUGUGAUUCUACCAAAAACAACGACAAAGUGUGCAAGCUUAAUAUGGGAUCAGGCAAGGGUUUUGUAAUUCCUUCUUAUACUCAAGCAAACGAACAGACACUUAAAUUUGUUUUACAUAUACGUUCUACCUAUGACUAUCUUCGAUCGGCAGUUGCCAUGCAGACCAUCUUAUUUUCAUCAUUUCCAAGACGGUAUUUAAAUAUAAAUAUCGUGUGCGUGACCAACUGCAAAGGGAAUAAAUAUAUCAGUCAGCUUCCAAUUCACCUUAAAGGCCAAUGCCUAUAUUGCCGCACAAAAAAAAUUACAAAGUGGACAUGGAUCGUAGAUAAGAAAUUGGUAGGGUCAUCAAACAGGCUAAUUUUAAAUGUGACAAAAAAAAUGUCGAUUACCAUAUAUUUAAACAUGGAAGCUACUCAUAGAUAUAAGCAGACGUCAACAUACCAUGGAACAUCAAGUAUUCAUCUUGAAAAAAAUUUAGGACCUAUAAACACCAUCUGUUACGUAAAGCCGCUUGAUGGUGAGGCUAUAGAAACGAUCUUCUUUAUUCAGUGUGAAAAUAAAAAUGCUUUAUAUAAGCCUCUACAGUACUGUGUGGGUAUUAGAAGCUUAUUAGUCGAUGAAUGCAAGACCGACGAGCUAAUAAUGGUGAGACUACCUCCCACAUCUAAUGUUGAAGUCCAGGUAUGCUAAGUAGAAUAAUUUGUUUGAAUAUUAUGGUAC